GCAUGCGAGUUUGCAUCAAUCUUCAAUAAUUUAUUUAAACCCCGCCCUUUAUUAACAUGGCGUCUAGAGGAAAGUGGUCUGUUGAUUUUACUGAAGGAAGAAAGCACAGAAGAUCAGAUGAAUUAGCGAGUCCUCCAGGCUACAUUCACAAACUGCCAACUAAUGAAGAGAGUACAGAAGAUGAAGAUUCUAAUUUAGUGGCAAAGCAAGGAUGGGGCCUUGCUUUAGGUCCCCUGAAGCAGCUCCCUAUGAAUCUAUUUAUAAUGUGGAUGGCUGGUAAUACUGUCUCUCUCUUUCCCAUAAUGAUGGUUGGCAUGAUGUUCUUCAGGCCAGUCCAGACAUUGCUAAGCUGUAAAGAAGCAUUCAAGAAUCUGGUUGGAGACCAGGCUAUAUUCCAGAAAGCAGUUUACGUGUUUGGUAACCUGGCCGUGAUUGCAUUGGCAGUCUACAAGUUCCACAGUAUGGGGCUGCUCCCCACGUACCAGUCUGACUGGUUAGAGUUUCAGGAACCUCAGAAGAUACUAGAGAUAUCUGGCGGUGGCAUUGCACUCAAUAAUGACUACUCAUAAAAAAUAUUUAUAAUAAUUAUUACUCAUUGAUUAAAAAUCCUGUGAUCGCUAAAUCACAAUGACCUCA